AUGUCCGAAUCCGCAAACGUCGUCCUGGGGUCUGGUGACUCCAGGAAAUCACGCCUGGACCACAAUGGAGUGUCGAGAAGUGUUAUAGGAACGAAAAGUGUUUCCUUCACUCCAGAAAGUUCCCAUGACAAUUCCAACGACAACUCCAGCGACAAUUUUAGCAGCGAUAGUGGCACUGCUACGCCCGAGUCGGGGCCCCUAGACCAUGUUAAGGAGUUUGGUAGCCAAAACAAGCACUCGCAUCUCCGCACGCUAUCUAGUAGUGGCAGUAGCCAGGUUCCCGACAGCCUCACCAAGCUCCAAACAUAUCCAUAUACUGGCGAAGCUAUGCAAAUUGGUCGCUCGAUAGAUACUCAACUCGAUGCCAGCAACUUGUCCAAUUCAUCACUUCCGGAAUUUAACAAGCGUCCGUUGACAGACACACCCAUAGUCUCGGGCACCACCUCGCCGAUAACCCAAGACCACAGCAGCGACGACGAUAAGGAAGAAGAACCACCAAAAAAGAACGACACCGAACCAUUGAAGAAAUCCAUGAAGAAUAUAUCCCACUUGAACCUAUCGGACUUGCAUGAGAGGAACAGCUCUGGAAGCAUAUCUCCCCACACAGUACUUCCCGACAGUAACGCCAAACCGGCCGAGGAAUUCGACCCAGACAAAACCAUACAGUCAGCAGAGGACGAUUUGGAAGAACCCACGCCGGAAAAUCAUAACGACGAACACCCAAAUGAGCGAACUACAAGUCCCUCCAUCAAAAUCACCGACCAAACCAGAGCAGAAUUACUCCAAGAUGCUCCACCAGAACUCCAUUCCGAGUUGGAUGAUUCCCCAAGCAUAGAAAAACUCAAAUCGCUUCUCCUCAAGAAACCUCCUCCACCGGCUCGGAAGACAUAUACCCUCAACAUUCCGGGCCAAACGUCGUCUAAAACCUCGCCAGACGGCCGCAUUGCUUCCGUGGAUGUGGGAAGCAAACUCGUGAUUGUCAUGGUGGGACUUCCUGCUCGCGGAAAGUCGUAUAUCACCAACAAGUUGACGAGAUAUCUCAAUUGGCUCCAGCAUGAUUGUCGAGUAUUCAACGUAGGCAACACUCGACGCAACGACAAGGUCAAUAAUGUGGGUCCAGAGAACCAACCGUUGCCGGACCUGAACACCCCCAAUAACGAAAAACUGACCCCUUCGCCCGAAACUCAUCCCAAAUCUCCUCAGCACGGUGCCGAUUUCUUCAAUCCAGAGAACAAAAACUCCAACGCAAUUCGAGAAAAAUGGGCCAUGGAUACGUUGGAUCAGCUCCUCGACUACGUUAUCAAUGGGUCUGGAUCGGUGGGUAUAUUCGAUGCUACAAACUCGACAAAGCUGAGAAGAAGCAAGGUACUUCGCAAAAUCAACCAACGGUCCAACGGUGAGCUUAAAGUUUUGUUUCUUGAAAGUGUUUGUUCUGAUCCUGCCAUCAUCGAAUCCAAUAUUCGACUCAAACUUUCUGGUCCUGACUAUCGCGAUAUGGACCCUGAGCUUGCGCUUGAAGAUUUCGUGGGACGCUUACACAACUACGAGAAAGCUUACGAAACUAUAGACGAGGAGGAAGAAGCACUUCCAGGAUUUCAGUAUGUCAAGAUGAUCGAUGUUGGCAAGAAGGUAGUAAGUUACAACAUUCAGGGAUUCUUGGCAUCUCAAACAGUUUACUUUUUAUUGAACUUCAAUCUUGCUGAGCGCCAAAUCUGGAUCACAAGACAUGGAGAAAGCGUUGAUAAUCUCAGCGGACGUAUUGGUGGAGACUCACAUUUGACAAAACGUGGUCGUCAAUUUUCUCGAGCAUUGGCCCGGUUCUUGGAGUUCCAACGCCAUGAGUUUCGCAAACAGCAAUUGGAGCGGUUUUCGUCAAGAUUGCAUUUACGCUACAGUCUGACCUACAACAAAGAUAGACCCGCCAGUCUUGAUAAUAUACCCACCGAACCCAACUUCUGUGUGUGGACGUCAAUGCUCCACCGAGCAGUUGAGAGCGGUGAAUAUUUCAACGAGAAUCUCUUUUCCAUCAAGGAAAUGAGAAUGUUGAACGAAUUGGGAGGAGGAAAAUUUGAAGGACUCACUUAUGAUGAAAUUCAAAAAAAGUAUCCAAAAGAGUUCCAGGCACGGUUACGCAACAAGCUCACGUACAGAUACCCUGGGGUUGGAGGAGAGCUGUAUCUUGACGUUUUGACGAGAUUAAGACCGUUGAUAACGGAAAUUGAGCGUACUACCGAUCAUCUUCUACUCAUUUCACACCGAGUAGUUCUCCGGAUUUUGCUAGCCUACUUCCUCAAUUUGGACAGAAGCUCCAUUGGCGAGCUCGACGUGCCCUUGCACACACUUUACUGUCUUGAACUGAAACCUUACGGCACCGAUUAUCGCAUGUACGAGUACGACGAAGGUCUCGAUUGGUUUGUAAAGGUUGAACCAGAACACCAGAAAAACUUGAAAGAAGUUGGCGUUCAAUUUAAAGAACGCAAAUACUCGGUUGUGCCCACGGCUCCGCCAAGCUCCAAGUCUCGAGACCGAGCGCCAAGUAUUUUGCAACUGGGACAAGGAACCCAGCUUCGUCGCAGUGUCAGUCACAGUGAGAAAGAAACACCCAAAUACAACAUGAGUUUCAAAAAACUAGCCGAUCUAAAUCGAAUGAGAAAGCCAAAUCCAUAG